UCUAUUUCCUCCUCUUCUUAUACCUCUUUGUGCUUUUUCCACUUUCACUUUCUUUCUCCUAAAGUAUAUAAUGGCAUACUCAAAGGUGAUCAUUGCUUUAAUGUUGGCGUUUAUCGCCGGAUCAGCUUUGGCACAAGCACCCGGAGCAUCUCCAGCAGCUUCUCCUAAGAGUUCUCCAGUACCAGUAGCAGCACCUCCAGUGGCGACCCCUCCUACUACUACCUCAACACCACCUGUCUCUGCUCCUGCAAAUGCUCCCACAACUGCAUCUUCUCCACCAUCUCCACCAACUGUUGACACUCCCGCAUCUUCUCCUUUUGGCGGUGCUUCUCCUCCAUCUAUCUCCGCCACUCCCGGGGGUUCUCCUACCGAAUCUCCAAACUCUGCUUCCUUCAACAGAGUCGCUGUCGCUGGAUCUGCUGUUGCAGCUGUCUUUGCUGCUGCUUUGAUGCUUUAAAUUUCUGAUAGGUGAAUAUUUGCAUUUUUUUCAUUUCACCUGAGUUGAUGAGUUAGAGUUUAUUUUCCACUGUUCUAAUGUUCAUUCUUUUUUUACUUUUGACUUUUAUAUAUUGAUGGCGGUAGUCUAACCGCUGUUGAUUUAUUUGUACUAUUCUUAUUGUUAAAUAUUAUUACGGGAUUCUUUGUUUA